AGCAGCCUGCGGACGGUUUGGGUGUGCAGUCUGAGGAAGGUAACAUAGAGCGGGGACAUGCUGGGGCUGGGAGCCGGAGGGGCAACCAAGUCCCCCAAGACGCCAUCAUUCGUGUCCUACUUAACCCCCGAGGAGAUCAUUGUAAAAGAUGUGCCAACACAGCCACUGCCAAAGACGAAUUGUCUGCCACUGCUACAAGGAGAACUGUUGAUGUGCGAGGCCAACACAGUGUUAAAAUGUACUCAGGAUGAAGGAUCCCAGCGAGGGGUCUAUGGAAGACUGAUCUGCACAAACCUAAAGAUCACUUUCCUUUGCGAUGAGGUGCCUGACGAUAACAUUCCAGAAUUCAAAAACAAGAUUGUGGGUGAAAAUGAUAUAACUCUUCAAUGCGUGGACCAGUUGUAUGGAGUUUUCGAUGAUAAAAAGAAAGUUCCCAUUAAUAAAACAGUGCUUACAAAGUACCCAGAAAGACUAAUUAUCUACUGCAAAGACUUCCGUGUUUUUCAUUUCUGCCUUAGCUACGUAAAGGAAGAGGAAGUUAAAAGGAUUGUCAGUGGGAUAAGCCACUACGUUCUAAGCCCUAAGGGUUUGAAACAUCUCUUUCUGUUUACAUAUGCAGCAAACGUACCUCGUUAUGCAGCUACCUGUACAAAGGAGCAAACCAUAAUGUUUGAAUCAAGCAGUGACUGGAUGAUGGAGUUAGAGCGGACCAAAGCAAAACUGAAUUACAAAGUGUGCUCUGCCAACGAAUAUUACAGAAGAUCAAAAGGGUUACCACAACAUUUUGUCGUUCCUGUUUCUUUGCCUGAGGACAUCAUGUUUACAUUCCAGGGAAAAGGGAUUCCUAUUUGGUGCUGGUCUUGUCAGAAUGGUUCAGCCAUUUUAAAAAUGUCUUCUCUUCAAGAUGUGGAUGAUGGGAACAUGCAAGCACAAAAAGCCUUCUUGGACAGAGUAGAGAAGACACUUCACAGACCUCCUUAUGAAGAAGUCCGAAUUGAGGAUCUGUCUGCCAGUCUCCCAUCACUCUCUGAAAUCCAGACGUCUUACAAUCGAUUUAAACAGCUGUUUCUCAUAGACAAUUCAUCUGACUUUUGGGAUUCUGAUUUAAAAUGGUUCACCUUGCUGGAUACCUCCAAUUGGCUAGAAAUCGUAAGGCAGUGCCUGAAAAAAGCAAUUGAAGUCAUUGAAUAUUUAGAUACCCAAAAAAUAAAUGUUGUUCUUAAAGAAGAUACUGGCUCUGAUUUCUGCUGUGUAAUCUCCAGCCUGGUUCAAAUAAUGAUGGACCCAUACUACCGCACAAUGCAUGGUUUCCAGAGCCUAAUUCAGAAAGAGUGGGUAAUGGGUGGGCACUGCUUCCUGGACAGGUGCAAUCAUCUGCGGAAAAAUGAUAAUGAGGCACCGGUGUUCCUUUUGUUUUUGGACUGCGUGUGGCAGUUAAUACAACAAUAUCCUCUUGCGUUUGAAAUCUCCGAGACGUAUCUCACAGUAUUGUCCGACAGCAUCAAUAUACCAAUCUUUAGCACAUUCUUCUUCAAUUCACCGUAUCAAAAAUAUGAGAAUAGAUGGGCAGAGGAAGGACAGCCUAGACAGGACGAACCUUUACGUUUUUACAACGUCUGGGACUGGUCUGUUCAAUUUGAGCUUAAAGCACUUUCAUUUUUAACCAAUCCUUUGUAUGUGGAGAAGUCAAAACAUGAAAAACAACUACGAAAGGCUCAACGGUCAAAGCACAUUCGGCAGCUCUCUCUUCCACUUACCCAGUCUAAGCCUUCAAAUAAAAAAGGAUUCUUCAGAGAUGAAACCGGACCAUUUAUUAAAAAUCUGCUGGGGAAAAGGAUUAGUAAAUUAAUCAGCAACUCUGAUGACGUGCCAGGUACUUACCGGGCAUUUUAUGAGAACUGGCACAGGAAGCCUGUGGACUUUCAUGGUCUGAUCUUGCCACACAUUGAUGGGCCUGAUAUACGUAUUUGGGCACAGCGCCACCUGCGCUGGAUUCCGGAGGCCCAGGUUCUUGGUGGGGGAAACGUUUCCACCAUGCAGAGAAUUUUGGAGUUAAUGGAAGAAAUACAGAGUUUAAAGAAGAAAAUAAAAGAAAAGCCUUUGCAUGACCACUCUUCUAGCAAGGAAACAGAGGUUGAUACCAGACGCAAGAGAUCUGUUAGGCGGUCAUCCCUAUACCCAUUUGCAAUGCUUCAUAUAAGCUCAUUUAGACCUGCCAUUGCCACGACCACAUGGCGAAGUUGGGAUGGGGAGGACGAACUUGUGAAUAGGGAAGAUGAACUUGUAGAUGUAGAGGAAUUUGGAUAUUUAUAAACAAACAAAACAAAAAACCCCAGUGAUAAAAUUUGGCCUUCACGAUCUGUAUACAAUGAUUAAUCUGACUGAAGCAAUGUGCACAGUCCUGGCUCAUUUAUAAUUUAUAUCUAUAGCUUUCAUUUAAAUAUUAAAAAAAAAAAAACCUUUUU